CAGAUUCAGCCCAGUCACCGCACGCUCGGUCUUUCCCUUUUCUCUCACCUUUCCGCAGUUGCCAGUCGGUAUCAAGCUCUUCGAUCAUGGCACCGAACAAAAUGCGUCUGUUUUCAAAGACGCCGACACUUCUGAAUCUCUGGCACCGACUCCGUGGUCGCCAACGACUACUACAGCCCGACACGGAUCCCGUCUGCAACAUUCUCGAGCAGCCAAUCGACAUCAUCAUACUCAUCAUAGAAACGAUGCCCAUGCCGGACCGUCUGAUGCUGGCCCAAACCUGCCGCGCUUUGCGCACGAUCGUCUUCGAGAUCCCGGCAUGCCUGUCUAACCAGCGACACGUCGCGGGGGGAUCACUCCAGAACCUGAUGACGGCCGACGAACAGCUCGACUACCUUUUCAUUCUGACACGCGAUCGCAUAGACAGCUGGGUCUGCGACCGUUGCGUGGCUGUCCACCCCGUAGACCUAGACAGUGCAGAGAUAGGCACCAAGUUCACCAGGUGGCAAACCGCCUGCCCCAAAGCCUUGAAAGGAGAUGCCUACAUCCUAUUUGAUGACGCAUGGGAGAACUACCUCAGGCUUGAAGUGAGGCAUGAUCACGUCCAGACGGCUCUCAAGUGCAUUAGGCAUUGGGACAUCAUCGACCGGGACCGCCGAGAGUUUCUCCGUGUUCCCGACCCGGUUACAAAUGACUGCUGGGUGCAUCCCAAAGUCGUCAACGACCCUGCGUUUCCCGCUGGAUCUCGCCGCCUCAAGUUCGUUAUGAAGGCUACUGGUACAUGUUACCAUGAAUCCGGUAGGGAUAUCAAUCUCUCGACCAUUCCGUACUUACGGGCGUGCGUUCACUGCUUGUACGAACCGGUGGUCUGUCUCCUGAACCUCGACAGCACCAUGUCCGGCUAUCAGCCCCUCUGCGAGAUGGCCAUGGACGCCUGGAUAAGAAACGACGGUACACCGACGUUUGGAGCGUGCUCCAUGUGCGCAACCGACUUUGCCAUACACUUUACGCGGCGCUUCCCGCGGAAGGCCGUUCUGCAGAUAUGGCAGGAUCUCGGCGGUGAAGGGUCGAUGACGGAUCGUGCGUGGAGGGCACGGCAAGAGAUUCCUUACCGCAUCAAGAAUCAACCAAGUAAGAGGCCGUCUGUACGGCACCACCAUGAGCCCGGGAGCGUCAUGAGAUUGUACGAGGAGGGCCAGGCCCUGGUAUACACAUGGAACCACCCUGAGGAGCACACGUUCGAUCUUCUUCGGCUUGCUAGCCAGCGUCGUUUCCAUGUUGCAGAUCCGCUAGACGAGAGGAUACUGUCCGAGGAACAACAUAUCUACAAGAUGAGUAUAGCGGGAAACGUGGAAGGCUGGAGCAUUCAUGAUAUUUGA